AUGAGGAGAGGAAUUCUUUUGCAAAUUGCAGGGUUGUUGGCCGAGGCCGCUGCGCAAGCCGGGCCAGUGCCUGCACAGGGUCUGCACGCUUUGGCUGUCAAGGCCGGGUUGCAAUUCUUCGGGACGGCGACAGACACGAACAACUUUAAUGAUACAGCAUACAUGGAUGUUGUCAACAACAAGAACGAGUUUGGCAUCCUGACACCGGAGAACAGCCAGAAGUGGGAGCCCACAGAGCCCCGGCAGGGUGCCUUCGUCUUUACCAACCCAGAUCAGGUCCGGAGUCUGGCAGUCAAGAACACCCAGCAGUUCCGCUGCCAUACGUUGACAUGGUUCGAACAGUUGCCCCAAUUCGUCCAAACGACGCAGUGGACGCGCGAGACGCUGACCGCCGCCAUCCGCGCGCACAUCACAAACGUGGUCACGCACUACCGCGGCCAGUGCUACAGCUGGGACGUCGUCAACGAGGCCAUCAACGACAACGGCACGUUCCGCGAGUCCGUCUUCUUCCGCACGCUGGGCACCGACUACAUUCCCAUCUCGUUCGACGCGGCGGCCAGGGCGGACCCGCAGGCCAAGCUGUACUACAACGACUUCAGCCUCGAGUUCAACAGCAACAAGACCGACACGGCCGUCCGGAUCGUCAAGCUGGUCCAGGACGCCAAGCUGCGCAUCGACGGCGUCGGGUUCCAGGCGCACAUGGUCGUCGGGCAGACGCCGCCCAGGGCGACGCUCGUGCAGGCGCUGAGCCGCUUCACGGCGCUGGGGCUCGAGGUCGCGCUGACGGAGCUCGACGUGCGGCAGCCCGAGCUGCCCGCGUCGAGCCGCGCCCUGGAGCAGCAGUCGGCCGACUACGCCAGCAUGGUGGCGGCGUGCCUCAACGUGGCCAAGUGUGUCGGGGUCGUGGUCUGGCAGUUCACCGACAAGUACAGCUGGGUGCCGAGCACGUUCCCCGGCACUGGCGAGGCGUGCCUGUUCGACCAGAACUUUGUCAAGAGGCCCGCCUACACAGCAGUAGCAAAGGUGCUGUCUGACGCAGCCAGCGUGGGCAGGGCCAGGGUGGUUGCUCCCAAUGGGCCGGGACUGCCUGCUGGGGGUGGUGCUGGGGGUGGUGCUCUGGGUGGUGGUGUGGCUGCUGGGGGAGGCAACAGCAAGGCGCCAUUUGGCACUGGGAACAGCACCGAGAUCGGGAACGGGAUCGCUGGGGGGAGGGCCAGACCUUCCCAAGGGGCCACAGGCACGGGAGCACAACCUGGAGCACCGAGGCCAACCAGCUCAGGACGUCCUGUCACAUCGGGAGGGUCUACAUCUGGAGGAACCAUGGUUACGAGGCUAAUUGUGCUCUCGUUCGCCCUCUCAUGCAUAGUAGUAGUAUGA